UCCCGUCCGUCCCGGCGCUGCCGCCGCUCCGUGUCUCUGAGGGAAGACGCCCGCGGGGCUCCCCAGCCGGCCGCCAGGAUGUCGUACAUGCUGCCGCACUUGCACAAUGGGUGGCAGGUGGACCAGGCCAUCCUGUCGGAGGAGGACCGGGUCGUGGUCAUCCGCUUCGGGCACGACUGGGACCCUACGUGCAUGAAGAUGGAUGAGGUCCUGUACAGCAUCGCCGAGAAGGUUAAAAACUUUGCUGUUAUUUAUCUUGUGGACAUCACUGAAGUACCAGACUUCAACAAGAUGUACGAGUUGUAUGAUCCCUGUACUGUCAUGUUUUUCUUCAGGAACAAACACAUCAUGAUUGAUUUAGGUACAGGUAAUAACAACAAGAUCAACUGGGCAAUGGAAGAUAAGCAGGAGAUGAUUGACAUUAUAGAAACUGUUUAUAGAGGAGCCCGCAAAGGUCGAGGUUUGGUGGUAUCACCGAAAGAUUAUUCCACUAAAUACAGAUAUUGAUGUUUCUUUGGGCUGCCUUUUCUCAUAACCCUAUGUCCAGUUACAUUUAUUCCUGUGUAUGUGUGUACAUAAAUGUAUAUUAAAAGAAAAAAAAACCUACAAGUCCUUGAAUAUUGAGCAUAAGUUGAAUGAUUUAAAAUAUUUGAGUUCUGUUUGAGAAGCAGAAAACUUAAACCCUGGAACUGUCUUGAAUAUUACUGCAGUAAUAUUGUAGCUGAAUUUUGGGGUUUUCUUUUUUAAAGACUCUCCUUUGUUGUCCUUUUGGUAUUACAUAUUUUUAUACACAAAAAGCCUGUUUGCAGAAAAAGCAUUUUAAAUUGUUUCAUUUGCUUUUAUUACACAAAUAUGUGGGAAAACUAUACGAUCGUUUUUUUAAAUAAAGUGAGUUCCACUUAUUCACCUUAAUUUUUUUUCAGCUAAUGAAAUUUGACAGUAUGUAGAGAUGGGUGCAUUGGGUGCAAGUCUGUAAUGUUGAAGAUGACUUCUGUUGGGAUUUCCUUGCGUAUCAUACUAGUCCCCUGUAUCCACUAAAAAUGUGAAUAAAACAAGGUGCAUUUAUUAG